UUGAUAAAUAGAGUUAGAGAGUAUUUUAUCCACUCGCGACACUCGUAUCCAUCGUGUCGUGUUAUUUCUGCUCAAUGUUUCUGCUGACAUGAUACAAUCGAAGUGCACAAUGUUGAUCCGUGUAUAAAAAUCAAUAUUAAAGUAAUAAUAUAAAUUCACAAGUUAGUGAAAAUUGGAAAAAGACACUAAAUUUAUUGUUGUUAUGCAUCCAUCAUGUCAAAGAUUCGGAGUUGAAGUGUUCAUAUCUGAAGAAGGUGACUACCAGACUCCAUGGUGUCCACAUGGACCAAUGUUAAUGUUUGAAAGAUAUUUUGAGUCUAAACCACCAAGACGAUUUUUUGCAUGCUCCGCCUGUCGUGAUCGAAAAGAAUGCAGCUUUUUUCAAUGGGCAGAUGAGUCUCCAAGCAAGGUGUCUAUUGAGGCACACCAAAAGAUCAUAGAAGCAUCACAACCAUUAAUGAACGCUAAGCAAUUUGGCAAAAGACUAAAGAUAGUCAAAAGUUUAAACGACUAUGAACGGACUUACUGUCAUACCUGUGAUCUGUUGUUACUACCUAAAGAAUUAAAGAAACAUGCAAAACAUGAAAUUUUAUGUAAUGUAACAAAUGAAAUGAUCACAAAUGCAAGUCGUUUCUUGAAGCCGAAAGAAAACAAGAAAUCGCAUGCUCAAUAUCUCUUUAAUAAUGACGCAAUUGAAUUUUUUUUGAACACUUUUCAAACUCUUGGUUACCAGAAGAUAAUUUGUGUAGGUACUCCUAGAAUACAUGAAGCAAUUCAAACUAGAAAAACUGGUGUGAUUGACAGUAUUUUAUUGGAUAUAGACCAUAGACAUGCCCAGUUUCUUGAAGACGAUCAUUUUAUUCACUAUAACAUGUUCAACCAUCAUUUUUUUGAAAAAGACCAUGCAAUGGUUUGUUUUAAGAAGUUCUUGUACAAUUCGUUACCCAGUUCUCUGAUGGUUAUUUUGGAUCCACCAUUUGGUGGGUUGGUUCAAGUGCUGUCAGUAUCCCUAAAAAAACUUUGGAAGCUUGUUUUGAAUUAUGUGAAAGAAGGAGAUGAUUACCAUUUAUCUUGCUUGUCAACUUUUUGGAUUUUCCCUUACUUCAUGGAAUCACACAUUACCAAAGAAUUACCAUUCUUUAAGAUGUGUGAUUUUAAGGUUGAUUAUGACAAUCAUCCACUCUACAAGAAGCAUUUCAAAACAAAAAAACUAUCUCCUGUCAGAGUGUUCACUAAUGUCUUGUUAAAGACCAUCAUUCUACCACCAAAUGAUUAUCGUUUUUGUGACAAAUGUCAACGAUAUGUCAGCAAAGAGAAUUUACAUUGUGAUCUAUGUAACGAUUGUCCUUCUAAGCAUAACAUUGUUUGGCAGCAUUGUCUUAUUUGUGGGAAAUGUGUAAAGAAAGGUUAUGUUCACUGUGACAUAUGUAAAUCCUGCAAACCUCCUGGACAUGAUUGUGAAAGUUUAACAAGAGGAUGUCAUAUUUGUGGAGAUUUUGGUCACAAAAGGAAAGCUUGCCCUCAAAGACACACUAAAAUGAAUUCAAAUGAGAAAAAAAGAUUCCAUGAUGGCAAACAAAUCACUGAAUGUAAUAAGAUCAGGAAAAGAGAACAUUGAUGGACAAGAACUAUUGCUUGAUGUUUCAUACAUCUUAAAGAAACAUGACAGUGAAUCCUGUCUGUCUCCUUAAUUUAAAAUUUAAGGCUUGAUCAAGUCUUCUAAUGUCAACAUGCAAGAUAGAAAAGGAUCUGAAAGAUGGAGAUAAGUGAUGUAUGGAAGUGAAAUAUAUUUAUCUUUUCAUCCAAAUUCAUUAAUUAAAAGUUUGGCAAAUCUUAUACAUCUGCCCUUAUACUUAUAAAAGCAAUUAUUUGCAUACAAGGAUACCCAGAGGUUAUGUAGGUGUUGACAGUUUGUUGAGUUCAUUGGGUUUUGAAAAGACUUAUGGCUAUACUGUGACUGUACAAUGCAUGACAGACUGGUAAACAUGAUCUGGGUUUGCAUAAUUGUUGAAGAUAUGUGAUGGUGGGGAAAAUUUAUUGGAGUGAGGAUAGAAAGUCAAGGUUGUGAGCACUAUCUGUAACAUUCUCAAACUUAACACGUGACUUAUUUUGACCAAUUACAUUUGAUAAUUGGCACUAACUUUGCCGAUCCUUCACGCGCCAUGUUUAAAAGGAUUUCUUCCUGACACACUCUUUAUCGUAUUGAAAAAGUCAUCCACGAACUCAGCAAAUCUGUUGUCGAUUUGUCAAAGCAAAGAGAGUCUCACGGCUUGCUUUCUUUGGUACAAGAUUGUUUAUAACUUUGUCAAUGAUAUACACUUUAUCUCCUUAUGUCAACUGAAAUAGUGGAUUCAAAGAUAUUUCAAGCUUUUUUAUUUACUUAAUCAAUCAAGAAGAAUGUUGAAGCUUGAAGUCAAGAGAAGAGUGGAUACACAGGUGGUGAUAGUCGUACAUCGAGUCUCAAGAAAGAAUCGUUUUAAAGAAAGAACUCUUUGGAAUCACCUGUGUACGAUACAUUCAUAAUAAAGCGUGUUACAUCUCAACAGCCUAACCAAAAGGUGAACAGAAAACAACGACAGCCAGUGCAAUGGCAGAACAACGAUGAAAUUGAAUUUGACAAAGUGAGCAUUUGUCGAAAAGAAUUUGGGUAUAUAAACCGAUCAACAGCUAGAAGUUUAGAUAAACGUCAACGUUGAUGUUGGGAAAGAAUUUGCUGAUAACUGACAGAUAUUCUCAGCGUGGAUUGCACGCAAAUUAUUAGCUAUCAAAGCAGAGGCUCUGAUAUUUAUAUUAAGAAUUCGCUUUCCGCCCUGUAUACCCUGGUCACAAUUCUGAAGAAACUGUCAAAGCGGAAUUAUUACGAGUUAAAUUACUACGAGUGAACUACGACAAGUGACAUUGCGUUGGUAAAGCUAAUAUCGACAGCAGCCGCUAAAAGAAAUCUGCAUGGUUUAGCCGUAAGAAAACGUGCUGCUUUUGAAAGACUUAUUACUUUUCUCUAUCUUUUUCAAAAGAAGACAUAAGUAACUAUAGAUAUUUUGCUUUUGUAUUACCAAACUAACAUUAAUAUAAAUGUAUUUAUUUGUAAUACUUUUUCAGUCUUUAUAUCAACACUCGACUACGAAUAUGA